AGUAGCUAUUUUCGCUCGCCGGACUUCCGUUCCAGCUAGCGGCAAUUAGCCACAGCCUUUUGCUCGCAAACUGUCAUUUCGGCCAUAAAACACGGUCCUAUUUAUUUAAUAAGUCCUUUUUUUGAACAGGUCACUUCGAAUAAAAUGGUCGUUUUGACAAAAUACGACGAAGAGCAGGAUUAUAUCUUGAUCGAGGAGCGUAAAUGCACCUCCCUGCCCAACUCUCCAGCCAAGCGAGUGUGUCCCAGCAAAAAGAAGCAGUUUUACAUCAACCAAGCCAUCCGCAACUCUGACCUUACUCCUCGAGCCAAAGGCAAGAAGAGCCUGCGCCGACAGGAGAACACACGCUAUCUUGCCAACCUUCUUGAGAGGGAGGAGUGUUCCAAAGAUGAUCUCGAGGUUUGCAGUAGUCCAGCAAUCCCGUCCAUCUUCACCGAAGCAUGCACAAACGACAACUACAUUGAGCCUUGGAGCGACUUCAUGAAUUGUUCAGGUGAAGAGCAAGAGAGACUUUUGUCUUUGCUCGAGAGGGAAGUGGCCAGUAAGAAACAGGCCAGAAAUCUCCCUAAAGAUCAACGGAAUGUAAAUCCUGCCUUCACAGCUCAAGAAUGUUUCCAGAGAAUCGACCGGAGACUGCGAAUAACUUUGAGACGAAAACAAAUCCCAGUGGGAACUCUGGAAGUCCUUGAAGAAAACAUUCUGAGCUUCUUCGUCACUCAGCCUCGCUCAGUUUACACAGCCAACCUCUCCAGCAGCUUUGAAAGGCUGCUGCUCCAUGCUCUCUGCCAGUACAUGGACCUUGUUUCUUCAAGUAGCACCGUGAAUGGGUCUCGACAGACUGAAGUGGUGAACAAACAAGAGGACUUCCUGCCUCCCACGCCUCUGCUAUCAGCCUACUUGGAACAAAGAUGCUGAGGCGGAGGCUACGCUCACCUGCAGGCCUUAAAGUAAGCGGGGGCCAGCGACAUGAACGUCUGCAAGGUUGACCCCGGGGAAAAAAAUUGCUCUGGUCUGUUGGGAAGCUGUUAGUUCUGAAUAUAUCCAUCACUUAAAUCAUGUAAUUGUGUGUCACACACAGCAUCAGUCACAGUGUAGGACGGCACUUACGAAUACAAUGUCAUAGUGUAAGGGAAUUCAAAAGUAGUUGAUAUCACUCUAGGCUUUAUUAUGGUGAUUGUGCAUGGAUGUGAUCGUGACGCCGUAAUGCACUUCAUGAAUAUUAUACUGUGCUAUGGCUACUACCCCACUGCUAAAAUAUUAGUUGCAUCCCAUCGCGAUGUCUUUGCUGCCUUUGCGUGAUUGUUUUUGUAAAAAGAUUUAUUUGCUACAAGCUUUAUAUUUUCUUUUUUGGUUUGUAAAAAAAGCACAUUUGACCAACAGUGAAUUUAUCAAGCUACGUAAUCGACUGCGUAAGAAAAUCAAGAAGCUAUCUCAUGGUAUACAUUGUAGACUGUAGACAUCUACAGCUGUGCAUUUCUAAUUAACAAAUACUUGAGUUUUAUUAUAAAAUCAACUCCAUGUUUUUAUUUACACAUUAUUCUCUGCUUGAAAUGUAAAAUGUCUGCUUUUUAAGGCAACAUUAAUAUUAAGUGGUAGCUAUUUUCUCCUAUAAUCCCAGGAUUUCUACUGGUGGCGUAACAGCUGCAGAUGGUCUCCGCCAUCUUUUACAAGAUCUUGUGAACCCGUGCGUAAUCACCUGAUAAAGGGAGUUGUAGUAAAGGGAACCAUCCUUCCAUCCAUCCAUUUUCUACCGCUUAUUCCCUUUGGGGUCGCGGGGGGCGCUUGUGCCUAUCUCAGCUACAUUCGGGCGGAAGGCGGUUAUACACCCUGCACAAGUCACGACCUCAUCGCAGGACCAACACAGAUAGACAGACAACAUUCACACACUAGGGCCAAGUUAGUGUUGCCAAUCAACCUACCCCCAGGUGCAUGUCUUUGGAGGUGGGAGGAAGCCGGGGUACCCGGAGGUAACCCACGCAUUCACAGGGAGGACAUGCAAACUCAACACAGAAAGAUCCCGAGCCCGGGAUUGAACCCCAGACUACUCAGGACCUUCGUAUUGUGAGGCAGAAACACUAAGCCCUCUGCCACCAUGAAGCCCGUAAAGGGAACCACUGAAAUCAUAUUCUGUCCGUCCGGAGGAGCAGAAGCAAAUAAACUUGGUCCUGCUAUUUUGGAUAUGUAACGGCUGCUGAACGGCAACACCGCGGAACGUAUCAACCUUUGCCGUCCAUUAAUACCAACAGGCAGGCGUCUGUGACGGCACAAACUUGACUCGUUGAAAAGACGACAGUUUUGCCUUGCAGAACUAGAUCUUUAUUUUUCUAUUUGUAGCAAGCAACAACACAACAGCCGUAUCAACCCUGGUGAGCGUUAUACACACACACCUCAUUUAAUCUCUUGCUUACCGCUUCCUGGACCCCUGUAUCAGCUAAUAUUUGACAGAGAUCCCCAAAUAGCUGUCCAGAAUGUGCCUGUAAUAUGAUUCUUUGAUUUUGGAUCUCCAAAAAUCAGCAUGAAUGCCUGGGCCGAAAUUCCAUAGGUCAAUUAACCAAGCGAUAGAUGAAAAUUUAGUCGGUAACUUUUCCAUUGUCGGUAAUCGUCAUAUGCAUGUAUUGUUAUGGCUGCAAGAAGCAGAGUAGUCACUCUUAGCAGUCACUGCGAGCGUUAGAACGAAAUGCACAUAAACAGUAGAUAUAACCGCUUCAAAACUACCGACGGUUAGUAUUACUGUAUUAAAUUUAAAUUAUUGAAAAACCGUGGUCGACAAUUCCACUUUGAUAAGCUUACAGAAGGACUAGUUUUAGCUUGCUAGCUAGUUUAAAUGCCAACAUGAACAGAAGACAUUAACAUAUUUUCCCAUCAAGAAACGUGAUACUCCAUUCUAAACUUGUAUGAUCACCUUCCUGUCUAAACAACUAAGAUACAGUUUUCUCAUUGAACAUAUAGGCAGUGUUGUUUUUACACAAAGAUAUUGAUGUAUACACCCCAUUCUAAAAUGUUUAAAAAAAUAAAAUGGAAAAAGAUAAACAUACUUAAACACACAAAUUAAGAUAAUAUGGCUGUUACCACCCCAGAACAAUAUUUGAUGUUUCCUCGGCCAAGAAAGUGUAAAAGAUGUUAGUGUGUGUGCAAGUACUUUUUGAGCACAUUGAAAAAUACCACAGAAAUAACUGUGAGGAUUUUGGUAACUAUAACUUUAUGUAUGGUUUUGGUUUUGUAUAUUUGAGGAUGCCCUACCUCCUCCUUAACAGACAGAACCUAGUUUGUGGCCUUUGGUUGUAAUUUUUAUUCCAGUGCAAUAUUUUGCCAACUUAUUUUUAUUAUUGGUUUGUUUUAUUUAACUUGGAAAUUUUCAAGUUUACAAUGUUAAAAUAUACCCCAAAUACAGGUUUAUUGCAUUUGAAAGGGUACUCUUGCAUUGUUAUUACAUAUUAGCAUUUCAUCAGUGAUAAUUUUGGUCUCAAGAAAAUAAUGGCAAUAAUAUUGUCUAUCUGCAAUAGUUUGUAGGUCAACAUAUCAUCGGACAAAAUUUGUUGUCGGCCCAGGCCUAUCAAAAAAGUGAAACUACUUUUGAAAACUUUCAACAAGUUUACUUCAGGUCCUUCCCUUUGUGACGUUUGAAAGUGUAAAAUACGAUCCGCCUUAAACACAAAGUAUUUUAUUUUGUAAACUACAUCAUUUAUUUUGUGCGUGCAGAUUUUAGCUACAUUGAUCUGCUGUGUAUCCCCUGCGAAUCCGAGAGGGACACGCGGUAGGAAAUGGAUGGAUGAUCUGCUGUGUUUCGGGAACCAGCAAAAAUAGAAACUCUGUGUGUAUUUACAGUGGGGCAAAAAAGUAUUUAGUCAGCCACCGAUUGUGAAAGUUCUCCCACUUAAAAUGAUGACAGAGGUCUGUAAUCUUCAUCAUAUGUACACUUCAACUGUGAGAGACAGAAUGUGAAAAAAAAAUCUAGGAAUUCACAUUGUAGGAAUUUUAAACACGACGAGUUGAGUUUAUACCAAAAAGUUCUAUUUUCGUUUCAUCUGACCACAUGACAUUCUCCCAAUCCUCUGCUGUAUCAUCCAUGUAUCCAUUUUGAUAUAAACUCAACUCGUCGUGUUUGGAGGAAGAAGAAUACUGAGUUGCUUCCCAAGAACACCACACCUACUGUGAAGCAUGGGGGUGGAAACAUCAUGCUUUGGGGCUGUUUUUCUGCUAUGGGGACAGGACGAUUGAUCCGUGUUAAGGAAAGAAGGAAUGGGGCCAUGUAUCGUGAGAUUUUGAGCCAAAACCUCCUUCCAUCAAUGAGAGCUUUGAAUGGUUGACCAAAUACUUAUUUUCCACCAUAAUUUACAAAUAAAUUAUUUAAAAUUCCUACAAUGUGAAUUACUUUUUUGCCCCACUGUAGCCCAGGGAAGCGCUACGGCACAGGCAUAGCGGCACCCUGCGCAGGUGGUCCACCAGUAAACUGACACAUUGACUAGAAGUUAAAGUACCAAUGAUUGUCACACACACACUAGGUGUGGUGAAAUGUGUUCUCAGCAUUUGACCCAUCCCUUUGUUCACCCCCUGGGAGGUGAGGGAAGCAGUGGGCAGCAGCGGUGCCGCGCCCGGAAAUCUUUUUGGGUGAUUUAACCCCCAAUUCCAACACUUGAUGCCGAGUGCCAAGCAGGGAGGUAACUGGUCCCAUUUUUAUGGUCUUUGGUAUGACUCGGCCAUGGUUUGAACUCACAACCUACCCAUCUCAGGGUGGACACGCUAACCACUAGGCCACUGAGUAGAUUAGAAAGAAAAGGGAAAGAGUCUGUUGCCGUGGCGGUGCCGUUCUGUAGCUGUUAUGCAUCCAUGGAAACCUGGGGUAAGGGUGUCUAAAUUACGUUAUAGCAGCCUAUUUUAAAUUAAACUCUGGUACUGAAGGUAAAUGGUAAUUUAUCGAACAUCUUUGGGUCCAAAGACCAACAAAAGAGCAAGAAAUUGUUCAUACAUAUUUUUGCACUUCUACAAAAAUUAAACAAUAACUGAAACUGUUACCUUAUUUCCUUUACAUAGGUCUUAACAGUUGUACCUUACAUACGUCAUGGCCUAAUUUUGCAUAAUUGCCUACGUUGUGUGUACAUGUAAUAGUGAUGGACGCUUUAGGAGAGAGUUGUGGGAGAGCUGAAAAGUGUAUAGAACUACAAGUGAACGUUCUUAUGUCGCUCCUUUUUUUUUCGUUUUUUAGCAGCCUGUAAGUUCUUUGAGAGGGCUCCACAGCAGCGCUUGUUGCCAAAGUCUCCAAUAACACAAAAAAAGUCAUUGCGAUGCAUACCGCUACCAACUGUACCGAGUAGUAACAAAAAGCUACAUUCACAGACAGUCCCAUUAUAAUGUGUUUAUGAGCAAGUAUGAACAUAGGAAUGUGAAUCUUACCAAAACUCACAGUUGAAUUUGAUUCUUAUUCUUCAGGUGACGAUUGGAUUCAACACAAUUCUAGACUGAAAGCGAUUUUCACGAUACAUUAUUUGGUAUAAAAAUGUAUACCACAACCUUGUCAAAACUAAAGCUCCUCCUCUGCUGCUAAUGGCCUAAAAAAAUUUGUAAAAAUCCAUUCUUAAAAAUUUGGGAUCAAUUUAGAAUCAUAAGAAAAAAGAGUAGCGAUUUGGAUGUUAAACAAUUUUUUUCCGCCACCUUGAGUCAACAGGUAGCGCCAAAUCGCUGAAUGUACAGGAUACACUGUGUGAUGUUGUGUUAACUGCACGUUUUGUAACGUAAAUAGGGUAUGCAUGUGAUGUUUAAACUUAAACUGAAUUUAACCCUUGUGCAAGCUUAAGAUUGACUAUUCACAAUAACAAAAAAAAGACCCACUCAUAAAGUGUCAUAAGUCAUAUAUAUAUACAGUAUAUGUACAAAAUGUUUUUUGUUUUUUUUUACUCUCAGCACUUGAAAUCUUUAUCAACUUCAUAUCUAUCUGUUUAUAUCAAGUUUCAUUAUUUUUAGGGGCUUUAUGUUUUAUAGCUAAUUAGUUAUAAGUAACCACUAUUUUUUUAUAAUGGGAAAACGCAAAAUAUUGAAACAUUUUAAAAAUACAUUUUAGAUUGGAUUAUUUGAGGUUGUGAUUACAGCCUUGAAUAGGUCAAGAAUUCAUGACAUUGAUUUUGUUACAGUAGAUGAGUAAUAAAAUAUUAUUUUUACAGAGUCUCCUGAGCUAAAAUGAGGCAGAAAAUAGACAGAACUUGAGUUCACACACAUUUUAUUUACAUCUAUCAUAUUUUAUAUAGCUGUCUGAUAUCAUUUUAACUCCGUUUACACUGCAAAUGGCCCAAAUCUUUUUUUCCUAAAUCUGAUUUUUCCAGCUAACUGUUUUCACUGCAAGUAAAUUGGGUUCUUGAUCAGACUCCAGUGUGAACACGCACAGGCUCCAAUGUGGCCUGGAUGUCACUUGCAUGCACAGUUUGAUCAAGUGAAAACAAAGGAAAUGGACCGGAUUUUGUAAAUAAACUAGGGAGUCGCCACGCCUUAAAAAAUGUUGUUUUUGUGUGAAAAUAAACUAAAGUAAUAUAAUGUAUGAAUGGAUAUAUGUAGCCAUUGUAAUGUAAUAUAUUUGGGAGCGUUCUAAUCUUUUUAUUGCUGUUAAGUAGAGGCAAUACUUACACUAGCGUGGAUCUACGUUAUCUUUAUUUUUCAACUCACGUGUACAAUGUAGCAGAUAUAGCGUCAAUUAUGGUCCUUCAACAAUUGGUAUUUCUUCGGAAUCCGAAUAUGUAUUCAUAUAUUACAUUUAAACUAUUAUUUGCGCACUAUUAACAAGUGAUGAACCGAAAAUUCGGCCUUCAAAAAAAGACUUUGCUCACAGAAACCAAAUGUUGUUAUGAAGUAUCUGCUUCUGCUGGCCACUGCGUCUUUACCCGUGCACACCAAUGACAUCGCUGGCCCAAAGCUGACAAAAAAGUCGCAUUUAGAUCGCAUUGCUGUUAAAGUCACAUUUGAAAAGAUCAGAUACUAAUCAGACUCGGACUACCUCCUAAUGUGGGCUGAAUCUGAUGUGAAAAUAUCGGAUUUGAAACAUUUUGGAGCUUCUUAACUGCCAAAAAAAUGUGAUCUGUGUCACAGGGCAAAAAAAAAUAGAUUUGGUGUGCAAUCUAAACGGGGCCAUUCAUUGUAUUUUAGUUGUUUAAUAGCAGUUCAACCCAUUAAAGCUGAGAAUUAUGAUCAUGGUUUUCUGGUAGUUUAGUGGCUUAAUUACACCAAAACAAUAUUUCCCUGUUUUUCAUGCGGCAAUAAUGAGAUUAAUUCAUUUUUCAUGGAAAAAGAAUAGGAAUAUACCAGGAUUACAGUCUGUCAAAAAAUAGCAGUUAAAAUGGGAGUCAAUCAGGCCGAAAAUGUUCUGAAGAAAAAGUGUGUAUACUUUGUUUAUAUCCUAUUCUAACAAUGUCACCAUCAAAAUCACAAUGUUGUUUUUCUUUAAAAAAAAAGUACAUGGCAGAAUUUCCGACCACAAACCUUCAAACAUCACAUAAGGAAAACAUGUCAUGCCCAUUUUGGGCCCUAUUGUUGCACAAGGGUUAAAACGGAUUUAAUAACAGUGAGAGGCACAUUAUAUAAUUGAGUGUAUCAAAACAGGUAUUUGGGGGGCUUUUGUUUUUUGAGUGCGUCUAUUAUUUUUCAUUCGCUUGGGCCUUGGAACGUAACCCUUGAAAAAUAUAGAGGUCUGGACUUGUACGAUAAGGACCUUCUCUUGCAAUGGGUAACUAAAUGAGGACAUAAACUGAUAAUUAAUAGUAAUAAUAAUAACCUAUUAAGUGAACAGGCUUACACCGGAAGAUGUAAAGCAGAGGAACCAGUCUGUGCUUUAAUAGUUAGAAUGACAAGUCUGUAGGAGUCAGGUUAGUUCUCAUGCAUGAUAGUGAAGACACACUAUUCAUUAUAGGUUAAGAAGUAUUGUAAAAAGAUCAUAAUUAUAAUAUUUGGAAUAUGUGCAGUUAGAUCUUAAAGGCCUACUGAAAUGAGAUUUUUUUUUUUAUUUAAACGGGGGUAGCAGGUCCAUUCUAUGUGUCAUACUUGAUCAUUUCGCGAUAUUGCCAUAUUUUUGCUGAAAGGAUUUAGUAUAGAACAUCUACGAUAAAGUUUGCAACUUUUGGUCGCUAAUAGAAAAGCCCUGCCUUUACCGGAAGUAUGUGCGUGUGACAUCACAAGUUGCAGGGCUCCACACAUAUUCACAUUGUUUAUAACGUGAGCCACCAGCAGUAAGAGCAAUUCGGACCGAGAAAGCGACAAUUUCCCCAUUAAUUAGAGCAAGGAUGAAAGAUUCAUGAAUUAGGAUAUUGAUAGUGAUGGACUAGAAAGGAAAAAAAAGUGACGGCUCCGGGCGGCGGCAGUGUGAGCUUUACAGAUGUAAUUAGACACAUUUACUAGGAUCAUUCUGGAAGAUUCCUUACUGCUUAUUGUUUUAAUAGUGUUUUAGUGAGAUUUUGAAGAUUGUAAAGACAUACCUCGAGGUCGGAUGGCUGCAGUGAACACGCCAGUGUCUCAGAGAGAAGCCGAGAAUAUAAACUAUCAGACUGUGUGGUCUGUAGUAGUGGGUUUCAGUAGGCCUUUAAAGUACAGUACCAUUGAAAAUAGCAUUUUUUAAAAAGGUUUUCCAAAGUUUAUUUCACACGCGCGUACUUGAUACAAUUGUCUGCGUUUAUUCAUGCGGUUACAUUUAAGUUGCUAGUUGUGUUCCAAAUAGCGCACUACUACACGCAGUUGGAACAUGCUCUUUCAAAGUGCUAAGUGUGGGAUUAUUUGGAACACUGCCACAGUUUCAUAGCUGGCAAGACAGGAAGUAAAAGUUGCCAGUGUCAUUUCCAGUUAAGUUUUUUUUUCCCCCGCCAAACAUCAGUUUACAUCAACAAAAUCUUAAGGCCGCAUACAGGAAGUGGAGCAAAAUGAGACCCGCUUUGCUUUAGCCAUGAUAAAGCACUUCUGCCUUAGGAAAACAACUUUUUUCUGUACAUACAUUUCUACAUUUGUAUACUUUACUAAACCGUGGUAGCACAUAUGCAGGACUUUUUUUUUUCUAACGAAAUAUAAGCCUAGAGUCUUUUGUACUGUCUUUGACCUGUUGGCACACUGUAUGUGGUUGCCAACAACCAAAGUUUUUGUGGAAACCGUUUCUCAGGCUGGUAUACUUCUGCCACUUUGAAUGUCAUGUCGUGUAUCACUUUUUGUGUACAACAUUCACUCUUCAACAUGUACACCCCAGUGCUCUGUUUGCCAACAUAUUUGAACACGAAUGCUGUAUAUUCCCAACAUUUGGACUAGAAAAGCCUUUGAUUCUAAUAGCUUUACACACAAGAUUGUGUAGAUAAUAGUGGUGUGUGUGUGUAUGUGUGUGUCUUAUGGUGCUUAUUUAUAACUAUCAUUGCAACAAUAUAUUUUUCUCUUUUGAUUAUGUGCACGAUAAUGCUUACAGGUCAUGUCUGAAAAGACAGUUUAAUAAAUAUUUAUUUAACUGA